AUGAACGCUAAUUUGGAGGAAGCCGCCACCAUAGCGGCGGAGUACAUUUCCAAGCUGCAGCAGGAGAUACAGAAGGAAGGUGGCAAGUAUGUACGACACUCGCUCAAGAAUCCGGGGCAACCGCUCGCACCGAAAGAUGGCGCAAUUCCUCAAAACAUCUCCGCUCAGUAUGCCGAAAUCGACCAACUGGCCGCAGAGAAGAUCGCCUUGGCGGAACGGAUGGUACAACUCAUACAGCGGGCGAGGGCCAGGCUGGACCAUGACCUCAGCAAGGCGAGCUACUCCCUCGGCCAAGGUUCGCGAAAUCCCGCAGAACGAAUCACCGAGAGUUUGCGCAACGCCAUUGCCAUCCCUGAGGCGCCGCCGCCCGCGCCUUCGGCCAGCGUAGCACCACCGCAAAAGAAACGGAGAAUAGCCACAGCCGCUUCGGCGGGAAGCAUCAAGCUGCCGAGCCCAGCACCCAUGCCAGCGAGCGCCUACGGCGCAGGCCAGCGGUCGAGGGCGUCGCAGCAGACCCGACAGUCCCCUGCGCGUUCGCGCCGAGUCACGGCAUCCGCCGGGCUGGACGCGGACGAAGACGCAGAGGGCGAAGACGAUCUCGAGAUGGAAGAAGGCGGGGACGCAGAGGAUAAAGAAAUAUACUGCAUUUGCCAAAGGAUGUCUUACGGCGAGAUGAUUGCUUGCGACAAUCCCAAUUGCCGCUACCAAUGGUUCCAUCUGGAUUGUGUCCACCUGAAGUCGCCGCUUCCCGAGAGCUGGUACUGCAGCGAUUGCCUAGCGACGAUGAAGAAGGGGGGUAUGGGCGCUGCGAACGCUGGGCGGAAAGGAAGGAAGAAAUAA